AUGUCGGCCGAGGCCUCGGGCCCGGGGGCGGCCGAGGCCCCCCCGUCCCUAGAAGCCUCUAAGCCCGCGGGUCUGGAGCCUGGCUCCGCCGCUUACGGUCUCAAGACACUGACCCCGAACAGCAAGUACGUGAAGCUGAACGUGGGCGGCUCGCUGCACUACACCACGCUUCGCACCCUCACGGGACAGGACACCAUGCUCAAGGCCAUGUUCAGCGGCCGCGCGGAGGUGCUCACCGACGCGGGAGGUUGGGUGCUGAUUGACCGGAGCGGCCGCCACUUUGGUACAAUCCUCAACUACCUGCGGGAUGGGUCCGUGCCACUGCCUGAGAGUACCAGAGAACUGGGGGAGCUCCUAGGUGAAGCACGCUACUACCUGGUACAGGGCCUGAUUGAGGACUGCCAGCUAGCAUUGCAGCAAAAAAGGGAGAACCUGUCCCCGCUGUGCCUCAUCCCCACGGUGACAUCUCCCCGGGAGGAGCAGCAGCUCCUGGCCAGCACCUCCAAGCCCGUGGUGAAGCUCCUGCACAACCGCAGUAACAACAAGUACUCCUACACCAGCACUUCAGAUGACAACCUCCUUAAGAACAUUGAGCUGUUUGACAAACUGGCCCUGCGCUUCCACGGGCGGCUGCUUUUCCUCAAGGAUGUCCUGGGGGACGAGAUCUGCUGCUGGUCCUUCUACGGGCAGGGCCGCAAAAUCGCCGAGGUGUGCUGCACCUCCAUUGUCUAUGCCACGGAGAAGAAGCAGACCAAGGUGGAAUUCCCAGAGGCCCGGAUCUUUGAGGAGACCUUGAACAUCCUGAUCUACGAGACUCCCCGGGGCCCAGACCCAGCCCUCCUGGAGGCCACAGGGGGUGCAGCCGGAGGUGGUGGGGCAGGCCGAGGGGAGGAUGAGGAGAACCGAGAGCACCGUGUCCGCAGGAUCCAUGUCCGGCGCCACAUCACCCACGACGAGCGUCCUCAUGGCCAACAGAUUGUCUUCAAGGACUGACCUCUGACCUUUCUGUGUUUCUCCUGCCACUGGAACGCAGUUCCUCUCUCUUUCCCUCCCCU